CGGCGGUGCGCUGUGUCCCACUGAUCCAUGGAAAGAGCCGAAGAUGUUGGCUCGGUCAUGUGAUCAGCUGUUUCCAAUCACAGCUGAUCACAUCAGUGCCACCUGUCAGUGUCCAUCAGUGCCAGCUCUCAGUGCUCAUCCAUGCCACCUGCCAGUGCCCAUCAGUGCCAUAUUUCAGUGCCCAUCAGUGACACAUCAAUGCCACAUAUCAGUGCCCAUCUGAGCUGCCUUUCAGUGUCACCCAUCAGUAACAGUCAAUGCCGCCUAUCAGUGUCAGUGAGUGCCACCUAUCAGUGCCACCUAACAGUGCCAGUCAGUGCUGCCUAUCAGUGUCAGUCAGUGCCGCCUAUCAGUGCCACCUAUCAGUGCCGCCUAUCAGUGCCAUAUAUGAGUGCUGCCUUUCAGUGUCCAUCAGUGAUGCCUGUCAAUGCCCAUCAA